AUACCGUCACGUAGGUGUACUUUUGCGCAUUUCAUAGAUGGCAAGUCGAUGUCGUCUUCGUUUGAACGCAAUGGGGGGCGUAUAGAUCGUUUACGUGCUGUUACAAGUGAUUUUACAUCUCGACGGCGACUAUUUCGACCAUCCAUGACUCCUGGAGAAAAAUAUUCUAUGGAAGAGUCCGGAUCAGACACGGAAUCGAGCGGAUUAAUUUACCCAAGCGGAAGGCAGUCGGCUGAGAACACUGAACUGCCGGUUAAUGAGACAGACGUAGAUCUGUCGAACGGCCUGUUACCUAUUGGAGCUAUAGAAGUCCCGGAUGUCCAUACAGACUCAUCUCUUCGUAUUGCUGCUCAAGUAUUUAUUCCUUUUCUUAUUGCUGGAUUUGGAACUGUGUUGGCUGGGAUGCUUCUUGAUACCGUUCAACAUUGGUCUGUGUUUCUCGACGUCACUGAGUUGUUUAUCCUUGUUCCUGCUCUGUUGGGUUUGAAGGGCAACUUGGAGAUGACAUUAGCCUCUCGUCUGUCAACAGCAGCUAACACGGGUGCUAUGGACAGCUGUGAUCAGAAGAAACGACUCAUCUUCGGUAAUCUUGCGCUGACGCAAGCUCAAGCUCUUGUGGUCGGAAUGCUGGCGUCAUUUGCUGCAAUGGUGAUUGACUGGAUUGUUGACGGACGGUUCGAUAUUCGAGAUGGACUGUUGCUGUGUGCAUCCAGUCUUGUGACAGCAUCUGUGGCAAGUGGACUGUUGGGUGGUGUGAUGGUCGCAGUCAUACUUGUAUCGAAGGAGUUUCGAAUUAAUCCUGACAAUGUGGCUACGCCUAUUGCUGCCAGUCUAGGAGACUUGGUUACACUGGCUCUGCUGUCUGGCACAAGUAACUUCAUCUACAACAAUGCAGUGAAGCCUCACCAUCUUUGGAUUGUUGGGGUGAUUUGUGCAAUUUUCAUCUUUCUCAUUCCGCUUUGGGUGUACUUUGCAAGAAGAAAUCCAACGACUAAGAAUGUCCUUUAUUCAGGAUGGUCACCAGUCAUUGCAGCAAUGAUAAUUAGCAGUGGAGGUGGUCUAGUUCUUGACCAAGCUGUUAGCAGAUUUGCCGGAAUUGCAGUUUACUCUCCAGUAGUGAAUGGUGUUGGUGGUAAUUUAGUUGCCGUCCAGGCGUCUCGUAUAUCGACCGCUUUGCACUCAAAAGGCAAGCCUGGUGACCACGUAGAUGACUCACUCACUAACAAAUGCUCUGGAACAUUUAGAGGAAAAGAGCAUGGCAGGGCAGCUCGUGUGUUGUUGUGUAUGGCCAUUCCUGGCCAUCUCAUAUUCCUCUGCAUCAUCUACUAUAUGAAAGCCGGUCACACAUCUCUCACCCUGUACUUUGCCUGUGGCUACUUAUUAUGUGCCCUUGUACAGGUAUCUCUGCUGCUUCUUACAGCAAACUGGUUAGUCCACUGGAUAUGGAAUCGUGGCAAGGACCCAGAUAAUUUUUGCAUCCCAUACCUUACGGCUCUUGGUGAUCUCUUAGGGACAGGUUUUCUUGCACUCACAUUUCUGAUACUGUAUCAAUUUGGAGACAAAGAUAGUGACGUUGGAACUUAAACUAAUUUGUACGAGACAAGAGAUGUUUAUGGCUAUAGUAUGACAUCACGUGACUGGUGAAUACAUGUUAAUAUCAAGUGAAUUAUGUACUCACAUUAUGUCACGUGCAGUCGUAGACAAACAGAGAUACAAAAGAUGUUUUAACAAAUAUGCAAUGAGAUAAUGGUCUAGAACAAGUGU